GAGGCGAGCGGACAAGAUGGCGGCGGCGGCAGGAGGGGCGGCGGCCGCGGCGGCGGAGGAGCCGCAGGCCCCGGGCCCGGCGCUGCCGGAGCGGCUGCAGCGGCGCGAGGCGGAGCGGCAGCAGGGCGUGGAGCGGCAGCGGCAGCAGCGGGAGGCGCGGGCGGUGCAGGAGGAGCGCAGCGAGUUCGUGCUGGCCGCGCUGGGCCGGGAGCGGCAGGCCGUGGAGGAGCUGCUGGCGGCGGGCCCGCCGGACGAGGCGGCGGCGCGGCUGCAGGCGCUGCAGAAGCUGCUGACGGACAGCGUGCGCUGCCUGGCGCCCUACGAGCUGCGCCAGGCGCAGGAGGCCGUGGCGCGGCUGCAGGCGGCGCUGGCGGCGCGGCGGCAGCAGCUGCAGCCCAAGAAGCGCUUCGCCUUCCGCGCCCUGCGGAAAGGAGCGGCCCCCGGCGCGCAGCCCGGCCCCGCCGAGCCCGCGGACGAGCUCCCGGCCCCCUGCCGCGGCGUGGCCGAGGGGGAGCCGGGCGGGCCCCCGCUGUGCGGCUUCAGCGGCGCCGAGGGCCGGGAGCUGGAGCUGGGGCCGGAGGAGCUGCUGCAGCGCGACGUGGUGCUGGCCGAGCUGCGCGGCUGCCGGGUGCGGCUGCGGGGCAACGCCAACACGCUGCGGGUGCGGGACUGCCGCGGCUGCACCGUGCUCUGCGGGCCCGUGUCCACCUCCGUGCUGGUGGACGGCUGCAGCGAGUGCCAGCUGGUGGUGGCCUGCCAGCAGCUCCGCACGCACCGCACCCGCGACAGCCGCUUCUACAUACAGGUGACCAGCCGGGCCGUGAUCGAGGACUGCACCAAGGUCUCCUUCGCGCCCUACGCCUGGAGCUACCCGGGGAUCGAGAGGGAUUUCGAGUCGUCCGGGCUGGACAGAAACAGAAACAACUGGAACCUGGUGGAUGACUUCGACUGGCUGGCAAGCGACAAGCCUUCGCCCAACUGGUGCCUCAUCCCUGAGGAGGAAAGGGUCAGCUGCUGGGACUGACCGCGGGGGCAGCUUGGUACCUACCGAUCGAGAAAUCCUGAUGUAAAUGCAUUGAUUUAUAAGCAGGAGGACUUCAGCCCUGAUAGGCCAUAAAGUGAUUGCAGGUGGUAUUUAAAUUGUGAGUUACAAUGUAUGACUGGCCUCAUUAACCAAAAAGCACUAGUCAGAUGUAGUUUACUGUUCUUAAGCAAUUUACUGCUAUAAUCUUUAUAUUUCACUGUGGAAUUAGCCAACUACUGUGGUACCUCAUUGCUGAGCUUUUUUAAUUAAGGUGGGGCAAGGGGCACCAGUACACAAAUAACAGCGAGCCUCUGUUAGAGCUGUUAUGCUGCUUUCGCUCACCCGGGCAGAAUCUGAAUUACGUGCAAGCAGUACAAGUUGGAGUCAGGCGAAAAGACCAAACGCCUAAUCUGUCUUAUUUUUGUGGUGCUGAAAUUACAGACCAGUCAUGGGUAUGGGGGAGAUGACUUCGGUGAGGCAACAGAGACAAAAGAUGAAAGGGGGAUGUUUUAUAGAGGGGAACAGUGUAUCAGACAGGUGAACAAGGCUCUGAUGUAAUUGGGAGCCAGGCUCUGCUGAUGGGUGAUAUCUGUCAGUUGUCCUUAUUUAGACUUAAGCAAGAUAAAGGGGAAAAAGUCUAAUGAAAAUUGAAUGCUCUCCCACUACGUUAAUGAUUGCUUGAAAUGAGCAAACCUGUAGAGGAUACAUAAAUAUUGAAUCUUCACAGACUGAAAAUCCUAUGUGAAAGGAUGCUCCUUCUGUAAACAGUUUUAACUUGAAACAAAACCAGAUGUGGGCAGACUUUCUAGGGCACACAGUAGGUGCUGGUGAACAUGACAGAAGCCUCAGGGUGGAGAUGUCCGUGUGCAUCCCCCUGGUUAGUCUGUCGUCUGUGUACCAGCCAGCAGGCUUGGCGGUGAUCGCAGAUAAAGGUGAUCACAGAUCAUCUCUCUGCCUCUGCAUAUCAAGUGCAACGUUGGCAGAGGGAAUUAAAAUGUGACAAGCAUGAUAUUUCAGUUCUAAAAUAGUAUGUUAUCUUACAUAAAGGCCCUUAGUGCACAGUGACUUCUCAAGUCUAUUUCUUCUGUCAAGUUCAAUACCAGUAAAAGUAUCAGUGUUAUAUUUUUUUUGUACAGUGACCUGUUAAUGGUGAAAUAACCAGUAUCCAAAAACAGUCCUUAGCUUGUUACACUUUACAGGGAAUUACCUUGCCUAAGUGGCAGCUCAGAAUUGUAUUUAAGAACUCUGCAAAAUAUUUGUUGCCCUGUCGUAUGUGCCUCUAAUGGAAAAUGAAUACUAAUUAAACCAUCAAAAACUGCAUCAUUGCUAUGAGAAACUUGAAACUUCACUUGAGUACUUGACUGCUUUAGAGCAACAAAAAAAACCUUAAUUUGUUUUCAGCAUAUUUAAUUUAAAGGAAAAGGAAACUUUUUUUUUAUAUAUUUUUCACAGCUUUUCAGUUUUGUUUACUUUUAUGUCUACUUUUUGUCUGAACUGGAUUUUGCAUUUCAAAUACAUUUUGUUUUGGAUGGA